GCUGGAUUUGCAGAAAGAUAGAACAGCCUAUCCAAGACGGACGCGAAAUCGUUUUCAGUUUAUAAAGCACAAGUCUGUCGUUGUACGCCGCAUGCUGGGUGCGCUGGAUGCUAAAAGUGUAGUGUGAUUUGACACUUUGUCUUUUGCGGCCAUAGGAUGCUGUGUUCGGGGUAAACGCAAAGUUGGUGCAGUGGAUAGUUCCGUCCCGGCGCAGCGGUCCGCACAGACUUCUCGCAACAUACCGGUCACACAUCAGGAUCACUGCAGCCCCUCAGGUUCCUGAGGCCCAUGUUCCCGAGCAGAUGGACCGGAUGAAGAUCAUUAAGAGGCGUUUGUCUAUGAGCCUACGCAAUACCAGGCCAGCAGACGAGUCUCUCUCAGAACUGUCUGAGCAAAGUAACCUGGAUGAGCCGUCAGCUGUACGAGACCAUGAGGCCAUAGUCUGCUCUGUCCUCCCUCCCGCCUCCCACAGUGCUCCCUCUUUCCUGCGGCAGUACGCCGGCGGGUUGGGCCGACCGGCGCUCAGGAGGGACGGGCUGGACCGACCCUGUCUGGGCCUGCACAGGACCGGCUCUCUUGGAAUUGUUCAUGAGAAUGUAAAGAUGGGCUCUGAUGGGGAGAGUGAUCAGGCGUCGGGGACGUCGUCAGAUGAGGUGCAGAGUCCUGUUCGAGUGCGUAUGAGGAACAACCACGCCAGGCGUAUAUGCAAUGAGGACAUAAACAAACGUCUCUCUCUGCCCGCUGAUAUUCGUUUGCCGGAGGGUUACCUGGAGAAGUUUGCCAUGAACAGCCCCCCCUUUGACAAACCAUUAAGUCGUAGACUCCGGAGGGCAUCACUCUCUGAGAUUGGCUUUGGGAAACUGGAGACUUAUAUUAAACUGGACAAACUUGGAGAGGGCACUUAUGCUACCGUGUACAAAGGACGCAGUAAACUGACAGACAACCUUGUCGCUCUGAAAGAAAUUCGCCUGGAACAUGAGGAGGGAGCUCCCUGCACUGCCAUACGGGAAGUUUCUCUUUUAAAGGACUUGAAGCAUGCCAACAUAGUCACUCUGCACGAUAUUAUCCAUACAGACAAGUGCCUCACUCUUGUGUUUGAGUAUUUGGAGAAGGAUCUGAAACAGUACAUGGACGACUGUGGAAGCCUGAUGAGUGUGCACAACGUGAAGAUCUUUUUGUUCCAGCUUCUGCGGGGUCUCUCCUACUGCCACAGCAGAAAAGUGCUGCACAGAGACCUGAAGCCGCAGAACCUCCUCAUCAACGAGAAGGGGGAGCUCAAACUAGCUGACUUUGGUCUGGCACGGGCUAAAUCGGUCCCCACGAAGACGUACUCUAAUGAAGUGGUGACACUGUGGUACAGACCGCCUGACGUGCUGCUGGGAUCUACAGAUUACUCCACCCCCAUAGACAUGUGGGGAGUGGGAUGUAUAUUUUAUGAGAUGGUAACUGGUCGGCCACUAUUUCCUGGGUCCACAGUAGAGGAUGAGCUUCAUCUUAUAUUUCGCAUCCUAGGCACACCGUCAGAUCUGUCUUGGCCAGGAAUUACCAGCAGCGAGGAGUUUAAGAACUAUAAUUUCCCUCGGUACCACCAAGAGCCACUGGUCUCUCACGCUCCACGGAUAGACAGCGAUGGACAUAAUUUGCUGUUACAAUUACUGAAGUUCGACCCAAAGGCGCGUGUGUGUGCAGAGGAAGCCUUGAAGCACCGGUACUUCAACAGUUUUGGCGAGCAGGUGCACGUGCUGCCAGACACGGCUUCCAUCUUCUCACUGAAAGACAUUAAGCUCCAGAAGGACCCAGGAAGGCGCCCAGUGAGACAAGCAGAAGCAGUGAUCCGUAAGGUAGAGUAUGUAGUUCAUGAGUUUCCCCAAAGAGACGAAGCCAAGCCGGGGGCGCAGCCCUCCACCUCCUCCUCCUCUCCCCCCACAGGCUGACCCAGCCCCUGGCCAGGCUGAGGGAAAGAAUCGGAGGCAGAGUGUGUUGUUUUAGGACAAAGAGCCUUUUUUGCACUUAUUUAUCCAACACACAGACUGAGAUCUAAAAUUAUAAACAUGGAAAUAAACAUCAAAAUCCAGAUGAGGAACGCAAGAGUGGGAUGGAGUAACUUGGAGGAACUCUGAAAAAAAAAAAAACUACAGGAAGAGGAAGAGGACAAACCUCAUUGCUGCUGCUACUGCUGCAUCCUUUUUUUGUUUGUUUUCAGGACGCGACUGAGGAGUGUGGAACUGAAGUGGACCAUCUCGACUGUUAGCUAAGCUGUGGUUGCUACUCAGUUGUAUCUUAUAUAUCACAUCACAUCUCAGCAUGCAUGCAGCGGUGUGCACACACUCACUCACUGCAUUGACUUGUGCCAGUGGCAGUGCACGUGUAAGUGUGUGGUCCAGGAAGCAUUUCAUUGACAUAUAAUCUUGUAUUAAGCAGCUGCUGCCACUCCAUCUGAUGAGCACGUAACGGCUGCGCUUCCCUUAAGUAACAUUAAGUUUUACUUAGUCUGGAUUACAUGGUAAGAGGACUCAUGUGAUGUACAUGUUUCACAGAAUAUUAUUCUGGCACCUUAUUCCUCUGUGUGAACCCACUCAGGCGGAUUGCUUCAUAAAACACACCUUUGUGUGGAUUGGACAGAACUGUGUUUCUGUGUGUGUGUGCGUGUGUGUGUGUGUGUAUAUGAGGAUGUUUUCACUGAGUCUCAUGAAUAGACCAUGACGCAGACAUGACAUCAAACAUUCUCACUCUGCUCAGGGCGGAGCCAAACAGGCUUGUGGGUAUUGAAGUUCUCACUGAGAAUGUGACACUGUGAAGACUCCAGAGUGUAGUAGAUCUACAGAGCUCAGUUCAGGCUAUUCAGGAAUCUGGCUCACAGAUGGAAAAAGAGUCGAUCCAAAGGAGGAAUGCUCAGAUCUUAACCCAGUUCACCACAGAAAGCAAUACAAAAAACUAGGACACCUGCAGGUAUAUUAAGUCUGCUGUCCAGUACUCAUAUCUCAGAAAGUCUUUGUGUAUUUAUUCUAGUUCUUUCAGUCUUGCAUAGGUUUUACCUCAAUACAUGUGAACCACUGUCAUCCGAGAGAACUUUUCACCCUUACUUCACUUGUCACUCCUCAAGUCACCUCUGAUAAUCUCUCAUGGUUGGGCAUCAUCUGUCAGAACGCACAUACACACAGGCACCUUACAGCACACACAUGGUCCACAUACAAAACUUGCAGAAAAAACUGAGAAGGUCAAAACUCAGAGAGUAAAUACACUAAAUACUGUUGUAUGUUUCAUCCCCCCUCAACAGAUUAUGAUUGAUUGUUGACUAGCCAUUUGUGUGUUUUUGCCUCGUCAUGUUUUGGUUGUGAAUAGGCCUGGCUCAGGUUAACUGGAGGUUAAGGGGGUCCUAAAGAGACUGAGCUCAGUGUUCAUUAUCACUUACCACCUAUGCACCUUAUGUUUGGUCCACCCGGUGGCUGUGCCAUCUCCAUGCUUGUUUCACGAGAUCAGUGUCAUUGUGAGAGUCUACAGUCUACUCAGCAACAGGCCGUUUUCCACGGCAUGUUCUUAUAUCGAAAAUGUGCACCACAGCUUUGUGUCGUCAGAAUCUGGGCCUUUCUCAGAAGAAAGGCCGUCAGUAAAAGCACCAGUGUCAAGUCUUUCACCGAAGGUCAGACUGAAUCAUCGAUAGGCUGCUUAUUGGCACCACUCGACAGCCUUGCUGUCUCAAUAGACAUGAAAUGCAAGUACGUAUGUUUCACACCCAGAUGUCACUGCCUCACAGGAGUUGCUCAUCAGGUGAAAACACACUAGCUCUCUUAUCUGCUUAGCAGUAUUUUCUGUUAUUGGACUUUUGACUACAUUGAAGCAAGGCUGCUAAAUUUUAAGCUUGACAGUCUUGUGUUGAAUAUAGAAAUGGGUUUAACUUUCUAGCCAUGGAGAUGGAAUCUGUGAUGUAAUUGUAAAGUGGAAAAACAGCUGUAAAAACUGUUGCAGAAAUCACACAAGCGGAUUGACUCUAUCCCAUUAUCAAGUAGAUGCAGAACUUAAAAACAGCUUGCUAAUGCUGCAAAUGGAACAAGUGGUUCAAAGUACAACAUGUUUGGUAACUCAUUCCAGUAAUGUUGGAAAUCUUGUCUUCCUUCAUAAGUUGCUCAUGACGUAAUUCAGGAGAGCCCUGCAGAUAGAGCAGCUCUCCGAAUGGAAUGGAACUAGAAUAGACCUGUGAGUGUCCACACCUGAUUCCCCGUUUCCCUAACUGUUCUCCCCCGCCGCCUCCCCACUCAUGCUCCCAUUUCAUGACACAGGGACUCUUCCUGCUGUAAGGUGAAUGAGUUCAGCCUGUCUGGCACAUCUACUGUAGCGGUCUUCUGUCUAGUGAGGGAUUCUUCACUAAUAAACACGUCUGGAACUCCA